UUUGUGAAGGUCGUGAUGCAGUAUGUGGUGAAACGCGUAUUGCGUGUGACGUGAGAUUUUGUGGCGCUUUCGAGAGUUCGGAGUCGUAUUAUGGCCAUUCUCGGUUAUGAAUCCCUUGCUUCCACCUUGGAAGAGCUGCAAACGUUGCUGUGGGGUCCCGUCAUCAAACAAGAAAUCUGGGAGAGAUGGUCACAAGGAUUCAGUUUUAGUGAAAACGAAGGGACAGCUUUGUUGCAGAAAGAAGGCGGACCAUGCGCCGUUAUUGCUCCUGUUCAAGCAUUCUUGCUGAAAAAUUAUCUUGAGGAUGGCGUCAGUUGUAUAGAGAACCUGCGAGGCGUGGGUGAAGAAGGGAGGAAAACAAUGUUCCUGAAUAGCCUAUCGGAAAUUAUACAUCAAGCCUCGAAUGGUUCUGAAGCGGCCACGCUUGUUGUGCAAAACACUGCGGAUGUGCUCGAGAAGGACAAUGGGGAAGCCCCGCCUCCUAUCGAAAUGUCCGCAGUAGAUCCCCGCUCUCCAGAGGUAUUCCUCAAAAAUUCCACUUACAUUGCGCUUCAGGGCUCUCAUGAAAUUCAUGAAGCCCUUUUACGACAUUUCGAUGUCUUCUGCUGCAACCUGGGUGUUCUUCGUUUCCUAUAUUCCGUCCUUCUGACAAAGGGUCUGAGCAACAUCAAGCAAGAAAUGGAGGACCCUAGUGAAGGGCUGAUAGACGGAAUUUAUGGCCAUGGAAGUCAAAGUCUCAUCAAUUUAUUUCUCACCGGAAAAGCUGUUAACAAUGUAUGGGAUAACACCCGCGAUGUUGGAGGACUGAGCUUACGUGGGAUUCCGGCACAGAAUAAAGUAGGAUUUCUGACAACUUUGGAACACCAUCGAUAUUGUGAAGUCGGCAGCUACUUGAAGAAUCCUUUGUAUCCUGUUUGGUUAUUGGGUUCUGAAACCCAUCUAACAGUUCUAUUUUCGUUUGACUCUGGACUGACGGCUGCUGAGAGCCCGAGGGAAAUUGCCCAUCGGAUAUUUAAAUCGUUUGACCCUGAAGGUAACGGGUUUAUCUCGUGCGAAAAGCUGCAAGAUAUCAUGGUUGCCUUGAAUUUAGUUUCAGAACCAGAGUAUGUCAACAUCAUGAGGCAAAAGUUGGAUGAAGAGGGCCUAGGCAUCAUUUUAAGAUCAAAAUUCAUGGAGGAGUUUUAUCCGCAAAGUCGUCGAGAAUCCAAAACGAAUUCCUUUUCACUUUUCCAUUACAAUGGAUUAGAGCGAUCAUGUCAAGAUUCCAAGGUGGUGUUCCAAGAAGGUCAGGCUGAAGUCGUUGAUGGAGAAAUUCAAAUGAUGCAUGACCAAACGCCGAUUCUCCUUUGCGUGCAGACCAAGUGGCCUAGCAUCGACGUCAACUGGAAAUCCGGACGGGCGCCAUCGCUAAAUUAG